AUGAGGGAGCCUGGGCUGCAGUCGGCGGCGCGGUGCGGCGCGGCGCGGCGCGGCUCAGUCUGCCUCCUCCUCCUCGCCGCGUCCCGGCUCGCAUCCCCGGCGCUGCCGCCAGGAUCGAUCAUGCUUUAUCUCGGGAUGUUUUCCACGGCUGGCCCGCACGAUGCCGCCUGACGCGGAUGCAUGAGUGUGUGGCAAACUGAUUCAGACCGCAGCAGAUGUGAGAUGCCCUUGCCUUCGCCAUGGCCAAAGGUCCGUUUCCAUGGGGGGUCCUCAGAAAGCCUCUGUACGUCCAGGCCAGAUUCUCCUACCUACACAUGAAGUACCUGUUCUUCUCCUGGCUGGCUGUGUUCGUAGGAAGCUGGAUCGUGUAUGUGGAGUACUCAUCCUAUACAGAGCUCUGUCGAGGGCACGACUGCAAAACUUCCAUCUGUGACAAAUACAGGAAAGGAGUCAUUGAUGGCACCGCCUGCAGCAGCCUGUGUGAGAAGGAAACACUUUACCUGGAGAAGUGCUUCACUGCGAAACCUAACAGCCAGGUUUACUCAGGAAACUGGGGAGAUUUACAAGGAGUCAUCAAGUGCCAGAUGGAGGAGGCACCCCAUCAUGAUCUUGGAGGAGAGAUGGAGCCUAGAAAGGAGGCUGCUCCCGUUGCUUUCAACAAACCCACCAAGGGAACCUCAGUGGAAAAGUUCAGAGAGAUGAUAAUCAGCCAUCUGAAGGCAAAAGUCGGGGAUCAAGCCAAUCUUGCAGACCUGGCAACCCAGGUAUUGUCCUUUACAGAUUCCAAUAAAGACGGCCAUAUCUCAUUGCCAGAGGCUCGCUCCACGUGGGCCCUGCUGCAGCUCAAUGAGUUCCUGCUGGCGCUCGUCCUGCAGGAACGGGAUCACACACCCAGGCUGCUCGGCUUCUGUGGAGAUCUGUACAUGAUGGAGAAAGUUCCGUACUCUCCCCUGUAUGGUAUCAGCCUGCCUUGGAUCGUUGAGCUGUGGAUUCCUGCAGGUCUGCGGCGCAGCAUGGAGCAGUGGUUCACCCCCUCGUGGCCCCACAAGGCCAAGAUCUCCAUUGGCCUGCUAGAACUGGUCGAGGACAUUUUCCAUGGCACCUACGGAAGCUUCCUCAUGUGUGAUGUGAGGACUACCACCUUCGGCUACAACGAGCGGCAUGACUUUAAGGUCGUGGACGCCAGAUACAUCAUCCCUGAAGCCAACUUCCAGGAAAGAAUUAGACAGCAGCGUUGCGACAUCGACGAGGACUGUCUGUAUGGGACCGACUGCCUCACUAGCUGCGACCUCACCAAACAUCGCUGCACACCUGAGGUCACCAGGCCAAACUUGGCAAAAGUUUGUGACACCCUUAAGAAUUACAUCCUAAGAGGAGCGCCGUCUGACCUAAGCACUGAGCUUGAGAAACAGCUCUAUGCUUGUAUGGCACUGAAAGGUUCGGCAGAACAGAUGGAGAUUGAGCACUCCCUCAUUCUGAACAAUCUUAAGACUCUACUGUGGAAGAAAAUCUCCCAUACAAAAGACUCCUAAUAAAGACGCCGUGGCGUUCUUGCUUCUUUAAAACGGACAAUCAGUUUCUUAGUGGAAGCAUUCCACUUAUAUUUAGUAUUACCUAUAUUCGUAUUUAAAUUAUAAAGCUGUCUGUUCAAUCAUUCCAAUAUCACCUCAUGUACUAUUUAUUCUACAGAGUAAACAUCGGACGGUUACCGGUACAUCUCAUUACAAUAUACUAGCUUAGAAAAGGUGAUCUGUUUCAGUAUUUCAGUUCAAAUAGUUUGACUUAUUCUACACUGUGGCGGCAUCUCAGACUGGGAGCAGGAGUCCAGUUUAAGAUGUUUGGGGCUUUUUGACGAAGGAAAUGGGUCCACUGUGGUCAUGAAAGGGUGGACACAGUCAGCAACAAUACUCAGGUAGGUGAUUAAACAAUGGUCAUAUGGUCUCAAGAGGCACAAAGUAUCCCAAGAUGUAGAUGGCAAACCAUUACAAGCCUGAACCACUGAUGCUUUAUGUUGCCUACACCAAAUGCUGACCCUAGCAUAUGAACAAUGGAGCAAGAAUCAGGACUCGUCAGACCAGGCAAUGUCUUUCCACUCUGGUAUUGUCUGAUUGUGAUAGAUGUGGUUUUUUGGAAAUGUUCUUCUGCAACAGCAUCUAUUCUGCUCCAGGGUCUAGUAUGUUCCAUGAUCUGAAACAGUAUUCUAUACUCUUUGCUUAUUAAAAGUGGUUAUUUGAGCUGCUGUUGCCAGUUGAUCACCUUGAGCUGGUCUAUCCAUUCAUCGACAUCUAUGAGGUAUUUCCAUACACUGCUAUUAGCUGUAUAAGUUAUCUUUUCUGGACCACUCUCUGUAAACUCGAGAGACGGUUGCAUAUUUCAAUCCAUGUUUUAUCGUCUACAUCAAGUUAAAGUUAAGCCUACCAUCUUAAAAUAUUCAAACCAGGUACCAGCCUCUCUCUGUGCUACAUUCAAACUAACCCUUUUCUGCAGCUCGGAUGGAACAUCUCGUCUUCACGUCUUGAUGCCUAAAUGUUUGGAGUUUCUGCUAAAUGACUAGAUUGGGGGUUUCCAACUCUCUUCCUUGAGAUCUACAGUUCUACAGUUGUUAGAUGCAUCCAUGCUCCAACUCAGCAGAAUCAAAUAAUUGACCUCUUACCUCUUCAGCAAGCCAUCAAGUUUGGCAAAGGCCCGAUAAACUAUUCAUUUGAUUCAGGUGAGUUGGAACAGGUUGGUACUACUACUGUACUAAAACUGGUACAACUGCAGAUCUUGAGGAGUAGGGCUGGAGGGCCCUGGAUUAGAUGAUUCUGCAUUUCUGUUAAUCAUUUCAGCCAAUGUACCCAAUAAAGAGGCCGAUGAUUAUCUUUAAA